UCCAUCUCCACCUGUCGCCGUCGUCGUCCUCCUCCUGUCCAGCUCCGUCCCUGUCCCCGGCUGGGCGACUCCUCAUGGCGUCGCCUCCUCCCGUGGCGGCUGCCGCGGGGCCUCACAGCGUCUUCGUGUACGGAACUCUGAUAGCGGAGGAGGUGGUGCGGGUCCUCCUGGGCCGAGCACCGCCUUCCUCCCCCGCAAUCCUCGCCGACCACCGCAGGUUCAGCAUCAGGGGCCGCGUCUACCCGGCCAUCCUCCCCGCCCGCGGCCACGCGGUGAGCGGAAAGGUUCUCAAGGAGCUCACCGACAGGGAACUCCAUGUGUUCGACAUGUUCGAGGACGAGGAGUAUGUGAAGACAACCGUCGAGGUCUCACUGGCUGAUGCACAGGAGAAAUCAAUCGCCUGCGCCUACAUAUGGGGCAACGAGCGUGAUCCUGACCUCUACGGGGAAUGGGAUUUUGAGGAGUGGAGGAAGGUGCAUUUGAAGGACUACCUUGAGAUGACUCAGGAAUUCAUGCAGGAACUCGGGCAAUUUUAAGACACUUCUCCUCUGGUUUGUAACUACACAGGAUCCUUGCAAAAUUACCAUAGAAUAAUCUGUGUCAUAGUAGAGCCUCUUGUGCUCAUAUAGAGUCGACGAGUGAUUGCUCCACGAUGCAUUUCUUCUGUUCUUUUGGAACAUACAGAUGUUUACUUGAGUCAUUUGGAUGUGAACAAAUCGACUCUUCUCUUCUGCC